ACUGAAAGUUAGGCCGUAGAAAAAGACACGUAUUUCUUACUCACUUUUCUCAUUUGAGAAGUGUGCUGGCAAGAUGGUCGCCCACAUUGUAACCGUAGCAUUCACUGCAUUUAUGGUAUACACUGCAUGGCCAGGAUCAAUAGAGGUCUUGCUGUAAGCUUUCUGCGGAGGAUUUGGAUUUGAUGGUUAGGUAAACAAUGGUGUCAUCAGCAAAGAGACGGGCCAGACUUUUGAUGUUAUUGGGCAAGACAUUAAUGUUUAUUUUCCUGGCAUCCAACUCUGAUGGUAUUUGCUUUUGUUGCUUGCAUGUGGGAAGGACUGCUGGUGUUUAACAGAGAAAGUUCCAUUUUUGUGAAUGUGACUAGACCAACUAAAGUGCUCAUACAUCAAGUUCUGAAUAUAGUUGCUGUAACAUGUGCUAUCCUUGGUUUUAUUGUGAUCUAUUACAACAAAAGUCUGAACGAUAAGCCACAUUUUACAAGCUGGCAUGGCUUGUUGGGUCUGAUUACGGUUAUAUGUGUCACUGUGCAAUCAUUUGGUGGCGAUGUUGUUAAAUACGAAUGGCUGAGAAAGAUUCUAGGAGUGAAACUGAGUUCAGGCACUCUGAAGAUUUACCACGCAACAUCAGGACUAGUGGUGUUUACGCUUGUUGUUACAACGAUGAUGUUAGCUUUAUAUUCCACGUGGUUUACGUCACAAGUUGGCUGGUUGCUAUGGUUACUUUGUAACGGUUGUGUUUCCUUUAUGGCUGUUAUUAUAAUGAACCAGGUGGUGUCAGAAUAUUUGCCGAAGACUCAGCGGAGAGGCGUUCCAGCUCCAGUGCCUGCCAAGAAAACCUCGCAGAAAAGUGCCAACUCAAAGAGAAAUAAGAAAUUAAAUUAACACCGAUAUGAUAGUCAGACAUCUCUUAGACAAACUGUACAGUGUUCUAGGACUGUCACUAUGUUGUGAUAUCAUUCAUAUUUCAUUGAAAUAGAAUUUCAUGGUUUCGUCCAAACUAUAAAAUCAGUUUCAGAUUAUGUAUUUGUGAAUUACAUAUUUGAAAUGCAUUGAUUUUAUAAUUUGUAAUUUUAUUUGUUUGUUAUGUCAGUGAAACAAUGAAAUCCGUAAAAAAUAAUCCCUCCACAAAUAAUGAUUUCAGAGUCUAUUUGGGAAAUAGAUUUUAGUUUUGCAUGCUUUGUUGGCAAAUACAACACGGUUUUGAGUUCAGAUGCGUAGUAAUCUAAUCAUGAAGGCCGAAGGCCUGAGAGAUUAAUUACAACGCAUCUCAAAGAAUAACAAGGGUGACGAUUUAAAUACAGUUUAAAUAAUGCGUGCUUUGUUGGCAAAUAUAACACAGUUUUGAGUUCAGAUGCUUAGUAAUCUAAUCACGAAGGCCCAAGUGAUUAAUUACGAAGCAUCUGAUCGAAAAACAUGUUUUAUUCGCCAACAAAGCAUGCAAAAGUAAAAUCCGUUUCAAUUCUAAAACAUUUGAAUUACACUGGUCAGGAAAGCCAAAAGUAGGUCAGUUUUGUGAAAUGUGUUUUACUGGACAAGACCAUACACGGUAAAAUCCUUCUUUGUUUAUAUAAAAGAAAAUCUUGAAAGUGUUAGAAUGUAUACUUGAACCACUGACUGAAGUGAUGAUCUUUUUAAUACAGUUUUAAUCAUGCAGAUAUUUUACAAAAAAAUUUAUCAUGUACCAGGCAGUGUUUCUUACAGUAUAUUAUUUUCAUCGAGGGAUUGUUUCUUGUUUAACAAACCUCUAUCUAGAUUUAUCAUUCAUUUGUUGAAAAAUUGUAUUAUGUUAGUCAUUUAUAAAUUAUCUGUAAAUUAC